CUAAUAUAUAUAAUUUUAAUGACACUAAUUUGUAAACGAUAUUCACAAUCCUUAUCAAUUGAACUAUUUGGAUGGAUUCUCAAGAAAGAGAGCCUAAAAUCUUAUCUGAUUUACACAAGUCAGACUUGGACGAAGAGAAAAUAUUAGAAGUAUUUGAUCUGUUAAGGGAUAUUCGAGAUCCUGAAAAAGAUCAAACUUUGGGAGAACUUGAUGUCAUUGCUGAAAGCAUGAUACAUGUUCAAAAGAGUGGUUAUGACGAGUAUUUAGUCAAGGUUAACUUUACUCCAACUGUCCCUCAUUGCUCUUUGGCAACCCUCAUUGGAUUGUGUGUUCAAGCGAAAUUAAAAGAAGCGUUAACGUGGAAAUACAAGUUGGAUAUUGAACUGACGAAAGGAACGCACAACAGCGAGCUGGAAAUAAACAAACAGAUCAACGACAAGGAAAGAGUUGCAGCCGCAAUGGAAAAUCCUAAUCUGAAAAAAAUUGUCUUGGAUUGUGUGAAAGAACCCGAUUAGUAUACUUCGAUCGAGUCACCUUUGCUUAAACCAAGCAAAUCGUUGAAAAUUGUUUGAUCAAUCACAAUAGACAAGUUGACGAAAGAAAAGUCGUACAAUUGCGCUUAUACAUAAGCAUUUCGCUUGUAAUUGUUAACAUAAUCGUGCAUUUUAGUGAAAAUUGAAAAUGUAAUAUAAUCACAUUUAAAAUAUUGCUCGCUCAACUUUACCUGUCUCAAAGCCUUAUAUUGAAAUCAGCAGCGGAUCCAUGGUAUAAAAGAUUAUAUUAAUGGACGUAUAUUUCCAAUAAUUUAGCGCAAAUUCUAUUUGCUUAACUAGCAGCGUUGUGAAAAAGUCUUUAAAUUUAUUUCACCAUCUUUAUAGAUCUGCCACUUAUAAAGGAAAGGUAAAUAGAAAACGCCGCUUUUGUUGACAUAAAACAUGAUUGCUCAUAUUUGCACGCUUUCCGAAUACCAACCAGCAUACUCUUAGAGAACCAAUCACGAAAACUUUCAGCAAUAAUCAGGCUGAUGUGACUGGGAAUAAGGUUAGGUUUCACGUGAGGCAUGCUGGUGAAUGAGUAAACAAUUUCCAUCGCAAGUAAUUUUGAGUUUAAGACAAUGUUUUUUUUAGUUCUCCGUAUUGCCAUUUGUCUGCUUUAUACUUUUAAUCAAGUCCAAAUGUAAUGCAGUUUAUUCCUUUAUUACUAAUGUGGACAUCAAAUGUCCACGCACAAUGUUGUAGUUUUAUUGAACUAAAUACUUCUGUAAAAAUA